UCUUCUCUUUGGCAGCCAUGGUGAAGUACUCGCAAGAACCCGACAAUUCAACCAAAUCUUGCAAGGCGAGGGGAGCAGAUCUCAGGGUCCACUUCAAGAACACAAGGGAAACAGCGCAUGCCAUAAGGAAGCUACCAUUGAUCAAGGCAAAAAGGUACUUGGAAGAUGUGAUAGCUCACAAGCAAGCUAUCCCCUUCACACGUUUCUGCCGUGGUGUUGGACGUACUGCUCAGGCAAAGAACAGGCAUUCAAACGGUCAAGGUCGUUGGCCUGCCAAGUCUGCUCAGUUUGUUCUUGAUCUUCUCAAGAAUGCUGAGAGCAACGCUGAGGUUAAAGGUUUGGAUGUUGAUGCCCUUUUCAUUUCUCACAUCCAAGUGAACCAAGCGGCAAAGCAGAGGCGGAGGACAUACCGAGCUCAUGGAAGAAUCAAUCCGUACAUGUCAAACCCAUGCCACAUUGAGUUGAUAUUGUCAGAGAAGGAAGAGCCUGUGAAGAAAGAGCCGGAGUCACAAUUGGCUGCCAAGUCAAAGAAAGGAGCCUCGUCUUGAGCCUAGAGACUUGAAUUUAUCGUGUGGUCACGUUGUGUGAUACAUUUUGUUCACUUUUAUUUCUGUAAGGCUUCGAAUCCUAUUUAGUAGAAAACAUAAUGAUGAUUCCGUUUUGGAUCCCAUUGGCGUGACUUGGAUUGCAAAAUUAUACAAAAUCGUAAAUUUGAUUUUGAAACAUGCCUCUGUUUGAAAACAUUGAAAAUGAUUAAUUAUCCACGAAAACCC